UAUCUCAGUGCUAUGGGAAGCAGGUGCCUGCCCCUGCUCUCAGGUCUCAGUGUCCUGCUGGCUCUGUCAGGAUCAGAUGCCAAGAAUUCUGGAGCUUUCUGUCCCAUAUGCCCUGAAAAUUCCAACUGCUCCAACAGCACCCACUGUGCUUGUAAAGAUGGAUUUCAGUCUCCGUCUGGGAAGAGGUACAUCAAGCCCUACGAGAAAUGUGAAGAUAUUGAUGAGUGUAGGGUUGGGCUGGCAAAGUGCAAGAAGGAAGCAUACUGCAGAAAUGAAAUUGGAAGUUACUACUGCAGCUGUUUCUCAAAUCAUAUCUUCAACUGGCUGGCUAGGUUCAUUAAAUUAAAUAAUAAAGCAUGUUAUGAGGGUGCCAGUGAGGAGACACCAGUCUCAGGGAACAUUCAGGAAAUUCUGAGGAACAACGGAAGCAAAGAGCACAUUGCAAAAAUGGCUACCCAAAUAUUUCAAAAAAUGGAAGUGAUCAUAUGGACUGAAGAUUUAGCUUCUCCAGGAAAGCAUGAUAAUUCUACACUUGGUAUAGUCUAUGAAAUCAAGAGGUGCAAUGAGACAAGUGAGAAGACUGUUCUGGAAGCUGGAAAUAACACUAUGGAUAUCGACUGUACUGGUGCUUUCAAAGGAACCAUAGGAGAGAGAAGUGCAGUUGCGCUUAUCACUUAUCAGUCUCUUUGGGAUAUUCUGAAUGGAUCCUUUUUUAAUGAUGGAAGAGGGACACAGGAAAUGAAACUGAACUCUCGUGUCGUGAGUGGCACCAUAAGUACGAAGAAAAAAGUAUAUCUGUCUGAACCUGUGUUCCUGACCUUCCAGCAUAUUCAGCCUGGUGGUGCAAGAACAAAAUAUUUCUGUGUCUACUGGAAAGGAUCAGAGGAGGGGGGCACCUGGUCGACAGAGGGCUGCUAUCAUGUGGGCAGCAACGAUUCACACACCAAAUGCAAGUGCUUCCACCUUUCCAGCUUUGCUGUCCUCAUGGCUCUUGUUCCCAAGGUGGAUCCUGUGUUGACCAUGAUCACCUGUGUGGGGCUGAGCCUCUCUCUACUGUGCCUCCUCCUGGCAGCCCUCACCUUCCUCCUGUGCCAACCCAUCCAGAACACCAGCACCUCCCUCCACCUGCAGCUUUCCAUCUGCCUCUUCCUGGCCCACCUGCUCUUCCUUACAGGGAUUGAUCAAACUGAGCCUAAGGUGCUGUGCUCCAUCAUCGCAGGGGUGCUGCACUACCUCUACCUGGCCUCCUUCACCUGGAUGUUCCUUGAAGGGCUGCACCUCUUCCUCACCGUUAGGAAUCUCAAGGUGGCCAACUACACCAGUGCAGGCAAAUUCAAGAAGAAGUGCAUGUACCCUUUAGGCUAUGGGAUUCCAGUUCUCAUUGUGGCUGUGUCUGCAAUAGUAGGACCGCAAAAUUAUGGAUCACAUACUCACUGCUGGCUCAAGCUCGAUAAAGGGUUCAUCUGGAGUUUCAUGGGGCCAGUGGCAGUCAUUAUCUUGAUAAACUUGGUGUUGUACUUCCAAAUUCUGUGGAUUUUGAGAAGCAAACUUUCCUCCCUCAAUAAAGACGUUUCUACCAUUCAGGACACCAGAGUCAUGACAUUUAAAGCCAUUGCUCAGCUAUUUAUCCUGGGCUGUUCUUGGGGCCUUGGCCUUUUUAUGAUUGAAGAGGUCGGGAAUGUGAUCAGAUCAGUCAUUGCGUACACAUUCACCAUCAUCAAUAUCCUGCAGGGUGUUUUGCUCUUUGUGGUACACUGUCUCCUUAAUCGCCAGGUGCGAAUGGAAUACAAGAAGUGGUUUAGUGGGAUCUGGAAAGCGAUUAAAACCGAAAGUACUGAAGUAACACAUUCUACGACCCAAACCAAAAUGGAAGAACCAGGACCGUCAUCAGAAGUCUUUCCCAGAAGAGAUCCUGCUUCUGUGCAACCACAGGCUCAGACUCUUGUCUCUGCCUUUUGGCUAAGAACAGAAAACUGAGCUGCUUCUGGACAGCGCCCCUGUGGUCACACGUGGAUUGGACAAAUGCCACCAUCUGUAUCUUCCUCCUGAAAGCCGUUGAGUCCUUUCUCUAUUUUGGCUUCUAGGUCCAAGAAAGAAGGGGUCAUGGGGAGACCUCUGAGACCCAUACCCAGUAUUGUACAUCAUGUGCCAUUAAAUGUUCAAGGAAUAAUUUUUAAUAA